CCAUUCCCAAGUCUGGCAGAUGAAGUUAGAAGUUAAUGGCUGCUGAGAAAUGUGUUUCACGAGCGCAGACCUCAAUCUAAAGAGGGACGGAUGCAAUUUCCCUGUGCCCUCGCUCUGGCUCCCUGUGGCGUGGACCUAGAGUGCACUGGAGGGAAGUCACCCAGAUAUUCCUGGUAUGCCACAGUUCUGAGUGGGACCUGCUGGGAGGCCAGAGAGACCCCAACUGCUUUGCCCGGCCUGGUGUCAAGAUGCUGAGUUGGAAGCUCCCUAGGCUGUUCCGUGUAGAUCAGGUGCCUCAGGUGUUCCAUGAGCAGGGCAUCCUCUUUGGCUACCGACACCCACAGAGUUCCGCCACUGCCUGUAUCCUCAGCCUUUUCCAAAUGACCAAUGAGACUCUCAACAUCUGGACGCACUUGCUACCCUUCUGGUUCUUUGUGUGGAGGUUCGUGACUGCACUGUAUAUGACAGACAUCCAGAAUGACAGCUACUCGUGGCCUAUGCUCGUGUACAUGUGCACCAGCUGCGUGUACCCCCUCGCAUCCAGCUGUGCACACACCUUCAGCUCUAUGUCCAAGAACGCCCGGCAUAUCUGCUACUUUCUGGACUAUGGUGCUGUCAACCUCUUCAGCCUGGGCUCCGCCAUCGCCUACUCUGCAUACACGUUCCCUGAUGCACUGAUCUGCAGUACCUUCCAUGAAUGCUACGUAGCCCUGGCCGUGCUGAACACCAUUCUCAGCACUGGUCUCUCCUGCUACUCCAGGUUUCUUGAACUCCAGAAGCCCCGGCUCUGUAAGCUGCUCCGGGUUCUCGCCUUCGCCUACCCCUACACCUGGGACUCGCUUCCCAUCUUCUACCGGCUCUUCCUGUUCCCAGGAGAGAGUUCAAGAAAUGAAGCCAUCUUGUAUCACCAGAAGCACAUGGUCAUGACCCUCCUGGCCUCUUUCUUGUACUCUGCUCACCUGCCUGAGCGACUGGCUCCUGGACGCUUUGACUACAUCGGUCACAGUCAUCAGCUGUUUCAUGUGUGUGUGAUCCUGGCCACACACUUGCAGAUGGAAGCCAUCCUGCUGGAUAAGACUCUAAGGAAGGAGUGGCUUUUGGCCACCUCCAGACCCUUCUCCUUGCCCCAGAUAGCAGCAGCCUUGCUUCUGUGCAUCAUCUUCAGCCUCAGCAACAUUAUUUAUUUCUCAGCUGCUCUCUAUCGGAUCCCUGAGCCUGAAUUACAUGAAAAGGAAACGUGAUUUACAACGCGCCAGGCGUCAGUGUUAAGUCACUGGUGUGGUGCCGGUUUACCGUGGCCAAAAGUAUUUGUAGUGACUGAUGUCUUGACGCUUUUUAAUGGGCUCGUAUCAAAAAAAUGCAUCUAACCUGGGGAGAGUUCUCCACACAUGCACUGAUUCUGUAAGUGUUCUGUAAAAAGGAGAAGAACAUGGGCUUAAGUCCUGGACAACACAAAUUAUUGAAAUAUUAAGUUUAACUUAUUUAAAACGGGGUGUUUAGGAGAUGGGGGUGCAGCACAGUUGGUAAAUACUUGCCUACAAUAUACAAAGGCCUGUUUUUGUUUGUUUGGUUUUGGCUGUUUUUGUUUGUUUGAGACAAGGUCUCACUAUGUAGCUCAGGCUGUUCUGGAAUUUACUGUGUAGACCAGGCUGGCUCCUGACUCCUCAGGGCUGAGAUUAAAGGCAUGUGCCAUGUACCACUAGACUGAGUCCCUGGUUUUGAUCCUCAGCGAAGCUGGAACCUGACCUGAUGGUGUAUACCUAUAAUUCCAGUACCAGAGGAGUAGAACCAGAUGACCAGAAGUUCAAAUACUUACUGAUUUGAGGCCAUCCUUGGAUACAGGAGAUUCUGUCUCUAAAAAAAAUACGGUUCUCAAUUUAAAGUCGAAUUAAGCAUAUUGUCCUGCCCUGCCCACACCCCCCCCCCUUUUUUGCGACGUGGUUUUUCUGUAGCUUUGGAUUUGGAGCCUGUCCUAGAACUCUGUCUGUAGACCAGGCUGGCCUUGAACUCACAGAGAUCUGUCUCUGCCUGCUGGGAUUAAAGUUGUGAGCCACCACUGCCUGGCUGCCUUUCUGAUUUUUAUAUUAAUGUUUAAAAUGAAAUUGGCUGCAUUUGGUGAAUUCUGUAUAGCUAAACUUCUUCCCCAGAUGAGAGAUGGGUCAAUGAAUUACGAAGCUUGCUGUCAAGCCUGAGAACAGGCGUUCGAUAUCUAGGCCCUGCUGCAAAAUAUUCCAUAGUGGAGAUAAAAUGUGUUGACCUCUGAGCUAAGGGUAUCAUCUCAACUGGUAGGGCUCCCUGUCACCUUUUCAAGCAAUGAAGGAGUUGUCUUUGGAGAUGUCACAUGCCUGACAUUGUUUAAGCAUGCCCAGUAUGCUGCCAGACUUAGAAUCUGUGCAGAGGGUGUUGAAAAUCUCACCAAUGGGACAGUCAAAUAUCCCGUCUUCAAACCCAGGUAAGCCUGUGACAUGCAUUUCCUGGGGUGAACCUAGGGCUUCUACUUUCCCUACGUUAUGCAAAUUUUGUAGAGAAAAAUGUGGACAAGAUCACAUCCACAUGAGGACUCCAACACAGGAGGGCAGGGAGCAAAAGCUAAAGACAUUUGUGGUGUCUUUCAUUUACAGCUUGAUCAAAGCUCGAGCAACUGGGGAGAUAUCAUGAUCACAACGGUGGUUUUCCCAGGGUGAGGCUUGGCCAUUGCUCUCCGGAUGUGUUGACCCCUGUGAUUUCCUCAAAUGUGGGGAGACUCGACUGCAUAAUUUGUGGUAGUGGGGGACUUCAUUUGUGCUCUCCGAUACGGGGCAGGGGGAGUUUCAGUAACCCACCAUCUAUGUGUAAAUCCUUGUAUUCUUUCCAGAGUUUUCUACUGUUGAUAAUAUUUUUUAAAGUGGUUAAAAUAAAAAUGAAGUCUUGUGGAUCAAAUCUAGACUAAAAAG